AAGAGCAAAGUAUACCAAAUCAACCACCAACUGCUCAGGUUGACAGUUUCAGCAACUAAACCAAACAAACUAAGAAAAACACAAGCAAUGAUCAAAACAAAAAAUCACACAUCCCUCAAAUUUCUCACAACCUUUGAUCAUGGCCGCAACUACGUUUCUUUCCUUCUUCAUCUUCCUCAUCAUCUCUCACAUUCCAGAAUCUUCUUCCCAGCAAAACAUCGAGACGUUCUAUCCAUUCUCUCCUCCGCCUAUUCCUUCCAUCGUCCCGCCGCCUCCGCCUCCAGACGCGCCCAUCUCCUUCCCUCCGCCGCCCGGGCCGGAAGUCCCACCGCCGCGCAGGACUUCCACUAAGGCCGCGGUGGGAAGGGCGAUAGGCGUCACGGCUGCAAGCACAGUCGUUUUGUCCGCGCUUCUUUUGUUUCUCUUUGUGAGGUAUAAUUCGCGGCGGAAGCGGGAGGAGAAUCCUCCCGCUUCCGCUGCCGCCGCAGCCAAUGGCUCGGCGGCGCGUGGGAGCUUCAGGCGAUACGGCGGGAACGUGAAGGGGCUGAUUGUGGAUGAGAAUGGUUUGGAUGUGCUGUAUUGGAGAAAUAUGCAGGAGGGGGAGAAUCAGAAUCAGAAUCAGAAUCAAGGUGGUUACCGGAAACAGAAUUUCAAGAGCUUGAAGGAGGAGCAGCAAGAGGAGGAGAAGAGAGUUGUUAGUGAGAGGGAGAGAGAGAGGAAGAGUAAGCCGCCGGUGCAAGAACUUCCUCUGCUUCGAGGGAAAUCCUCCACUUCUCAGAGCUUAAUCUGGGCGGAGGAGAAGCAUGAUCGGAUCGUCGAGAAAGCACCUUCGUUUGCAGUUAAGGUUGAAAAGCAACUCUUGCAGAAUGGGCCUCCGCCGCCGCCGCUUCCUCCACCGCCGCGCCUCUCCGCUCCACCACCAGUAGUAGCGGUUGGAGCAAUUGCGAAAAAAAGCCCCGCACCACCACCACCCCCGCCGCCUAUUCCGGCCAACAUAGGUCCGCCUCCGCCGCCGCCUAAUAAGCGGUCGUCUUCAGCCGGAGAAAGCUCUAGUGAGAAAGUAAAACUGAAACCCUUGCACUGGGAUAAGGUGAAUCCAAAUGUGGAGCAUUCCAUGGUGUGGGACAAAAUCGACAAGGGCUCAUUCAAAUUUGACGGAGACCUAAUGGAAGCCCUCUUCGGAUCAGUAGCCGUGAACAGAAGAUCCCCACGCGGCGGCGGCGACACCAAUCAACCACCGAGUCCAUUGAGCAACAAAUCCGGCCCUCCCUCGCAGAUAUUCCUCCUCGACACGCGGCGAUCACAAAACACCGCCAUCGUCCUCAAAUCCCUCGCCCUCUCCAGAAAAGAAAUCAUCGACGCUCUCCACGAAGGCCACGGCCUCAGCAGCGACACAAUCGAGAAGCUCGCCGCAAUCGCCCCUACAAGCGACGAAGCCUCACAGAUCACCGCCUUCGACGGCGAUCCGACGAGGCUCGCCGACGCAGAAUCCUUCCUCUACCACCUCCUCAAAUCCGUCCCCACCGCCUUCAGCAGGUUCCACGCCAUGCUCUUCCGAUCAAACUACGAUUCCGAGGUCUUAAGCAUCAAGGCUUCCCUCUACGCGCUCGAAUCAGCUUGCAAGGAACUCCGCACUAGAGGACUCUUCCUCAAGCUUCUAGAAGCCGUUCUCAAAGCCGGAAACCGGUUAAACGCAGGGACGUCGCGAGGCAACGCGCAGGCCUUCAACCUCACAGCUCUCAGAAAACUCUCCGACGUCAAGAGCUCCGACGGGAAAACCACGCUGCUCCAGUUCGUGGUGCAGGAAGUCGUCCGGGCGGAGGGAAAGCGCUGCGUUCUCAACAGAAAUCGCAGUCUCAAUAACAAUAACAAUAACGAUAACAACAACGCGGCCUCCAAAGAAGACCGCGAGAGAGACUACAUGAUGCUCGGACUGCCCGUGAUCGGGGGCCUCAGCGCCGAGUUUUCGAACGUGAAGAAGGCCGCGGCGCUGGACCACGACGCGCUUGCGAAAUCCAUCGACGCCUUAGCCGAUCAAUUGAGUGAAACGCGUAACGCGCUGCGGCAAUGCGGCGGCGGCGAAGGGGGAUUUGCGCGGGAGAUGAGUGGGUUUCUGGACACGGCGGAGCUGGAGAUGAGGGUGGUGAGGGAGGAGGAGGCGAGCGCGAUGGAGCUGGUGAAGAAGACCACGGAUUACUAUCAAGCAGGAUCGUCCAAAGAUAAAGGGGCGAAUCCGUUUCAGCUGUUUGUGAUCGUUAAAGAUUUCUUGGGGAUGGUUGAUCAGGUGUGUAUAGAGAUUGCCAGGAAUGUGCAGAAGAGGAGAUCGGCGCCGCCCUCAGUUGAGGGCUCGUCGUCGCCGGCGAGGGUCUUCAGAUUCCCUAAACUUCCGCCUAAUUUCAUGUCGGACAACUCCAAGAGCGGCGGCUCCAGUGAUUCCGACACCGACUAGUCCACUUUGUGUACAGACAAUUCAAAUGCAAAAUUGUUAACAGUUUUUUUUUUUUUUUUUUUAAUUUUAAUUUUUGCAAAUGUAACAUUCGUUUUUUGUU